AUGUCACCGUUAACGAUCGCAAAUGCUGAAAAGGUUUAUCAGCGAGACACUGUUGCUCGUACUGUGUAUAACCCGUUUCCAAAAGCAGUCCUACAGGAACUUUGUGAGAAGAAGGGAAUCUUCGUAGUGAACACUGGGCUCCGAUCCAAUGUACCGAUGAAGGCCGACUAUAUUCAGGCUUUGCAUUUCUUCCAUUGGCAGCGCAUGACGCAGGAUGUAGAAAUUGAAAUGUCAACCGAUGGGCCUUUCGCGGGAAAGGAAGCAGGCCCUCAAUCCUUUGAGGUGAACGAGGUGAUGGAACCUGAGCCCCAUUCGCAACCUGCAGGCACUUUAGUUGAAGAAGGGGAUUUGGCGGCAAGCUCGCUAAUGGAACUCGAUGAAACUGAAACCCUACCUUCGGCCUUAACCCCUUCACUACGCAUCCGCCUCUACAAAGAUGCCAAAGCAUGGCACUAUCUACAAGAAAUUCUCUUUCGUCGUGACUUGGCGGGCAAUAUCAACCUCUGCAAGUUGAAAACAGAAUUAGCGGUCGACAGUCAGCUCUACGUUUUAGAUCCGCGUCGUCAUCAUCCAUUCUUUGAGUAUACCCCUGGCAUUCUUCAUGCCGACGAUUUGGACGCUCUAUUGGAUAAUGGGUUUUUGCAGGUGACUGACAGGCUGGCAUGA